AUGAUAACAAAAGAGGGCGCUGGAUGGCGCGUUAAAUCGAACAUGGUUUUUACGCAUCAUGUCACGUUACAUUUUCACACACUUUCUAUUUCGUAUAAAUGAUAAAAAAAUAUAACUUCUUUUUUCUUUCCUUAAAAUUACAUUUCGAUGUAAAAUCAUUUUGAAUUACCUCUUUUUAUAUCAUGGUGUAAAUACAAAAGUAUAUGGUGUGUGAAAGUGAAUGAUAUAUUUUUAACUUGGACCCACUGAAUAGGCUAUGUCGCAAGUUUUAAGUGGUAAUCUGAAGAUAAUUUGUAUUUUUUACGAAAUUAAUAUCAAACGUCAAAGAAGAGAAAGAUAAUUAAAUAUUAGCUAAAUAUAUCUACAAAAACAAAAUGGAUGAGUUACCACUUACCGAAGAUCAGUUGUUACAGAAACAUAAACGAGAACGAAAAGAAUUACAAGCUCAGAUACAGAUACUGAAGAAAUCAAUCUGUAAAGGUGAUAAAAAGAAAAAAAAAGAAGUUGCAGAUGAAAUAGCACGUAAAGAAGAGAAUUUAGAAAAAAGGCAAGAUGAAGAAUUAGCCAGAUGGAAAAUAUCUCAAGUUACAUUGAAUGAUACGGAUACAGAGAAUUUAGAAGAAACAUAUGAUAUAAAUGAUAUAGAGUCUAAAGAAUCUGAGAAAGUACAACAGAGGAUUUCUAAAGCUCAACGAAGAAGAUAUAAAAAAGAAAAUGCAGAGAGAGAACGUAAUCAAAGAAUUAUAGAACAAGAAGCAUUUGAUGUGUAUGGUAAGAGAAAUGUUGAGAUGCAAUCUAUACAAAAAAUUCUUUAUGAACGUGAUUUAAUGUUAUAUGAAAUUCCAAGCGAUGGUCAUUGUUUAUACAAUGCAGUUGCGCAUCAACUUAAAAUGCUUGGAGAAAUCCCAUUUAGCCUACAUGAUCUAAGAAUGAAAACUGCCAUAUAUUUAAGACAAAAUAGAAAUGAUUUCUUACCAUUUAUUUCAAAUCCAGAUUCUGACCAGUUAUUAUCACCUGAGCAAUAUGAAAAAUAUUGUAAUGAUAUAGUUGAAACUUGUACUUGGGGUGGUGCAAUCGAGUUGCAAGUAUUGUCACGCAUUUUGGAACGCCAAAUUGAAGUCAUCCAAGCCACAGGUACUCCCUACAUCGUUGGAGAUGAAUUCAGUAAGAAAAAAAGAAUAAUAUUAACUUACCAUCGUUAUAUGUAUGAAUUAGGUGCUCAUUAUAAUUCUGUUACAAAAUUUGUCAAAGAAGAUGAGAGCUGAUCAUACUCAUUCUAUUAUACUUAAAUAACAUUUAUCUUAAUACAAACAUUCACUUAUUAUAUAACGUGAUAAAUAAUUCUGAUUUAAUUUUAUAUAUAUCAGAUUUAUUAAACAUGUUAAGGUUGAUAAAUACAUUGAAAUAACUAAUAGUAUCCAAUACCUAAUUUUCUCAAAUCAUGCAAAUAUUAUCAUUAUAUUAAUAUUUUAUAGAUUUAAUAUGGUAAUAAAAAUAAUUCAGUAGUCAUAUUUAUUAUUUUAUUAUUAUUAGUUAUCAAUGCUCAUGAUAAAGCUUCACAUUUCCAUAAUUUCAAAAUAUUUUUUUUUAUAGAAGUUUAUUUUUUAAACAUUAAAGCAGUUUUAAUAUUAACUUUUAUAAAGUAAACUGCUAUGUUUAAUUAUAUGAGCUAUAAUCCAAAAAUAUUUUUAAAACUAGAAAUAUGAACAAAAUUGAUUAAUACAUGUCAUAAAAAUUAAUUAAUCAACUAGUCUUUUAUUUUACUGACCCAAUUGUAAAGAAAAACUUGUUUUACAUUAAGUAGAAUGAUAGUGAUUUACUGACUUGAUAAAAUUCAGGUAUUAGAAGUAUUCAAAUAAGAUCAAUUAAAAAAUGUAGUAAUUUACAAAAGAACAAUUACGAUGCUGUAAAAAUAUUAUCUAAAUACACAGUACAUAUCAACAAUGUUCUAAGAUAAACAUUUAGUUUGUUGGUAACAUUUCUCUAUAUAUGGUGGUAACAUUCUAAUAUUUCACAUAAGAAUUCAUAUAUUUCAAAAAGAAUUUACUCUGCAACCAAAUUAUCCAUAUUCAACAUUUUAAAAAGGAAAUGAUAGAUUUAUAUAAAAUCGGCAAUAAUAUUCGUGAAAAUAUAGAAGUUAUCAUCAAUUAAUUGACAGAACAUCAUUGGGAAGGACGUAUUUCAUUGAAUAUGCAAUUAAUAUUUUUCAUAAGAUAUGAAUCAGCGAGAUGUUAUCGAUUUUUUCUUGCAUAAUUAUAUUCAAUUAACUCAUAUACUUUUUAUUGUGUAGAUUACGUAUUGAUCAAUGACAAUACGAACGAACUGCCAAUUUAGUAUUUGACUUUUAUAAUAUUGAUUUUAUAUUUACUGUUGAAUCGUUCUUGUUUUAAAAUCUUAGUAUUUAAAUCAAAGGAAAAUGUAUUCUCUCUCUCUCCCUUUCCCUCUCUUCCUUCCUCUCUUUAUGAUAGAAAGCAUAUAUUAUAUAAAUAAUAUGAAAUACCAUGAACAUAUUUAAGUUAGAAAAAUAAGUUACGAAAUCUUGUAAAUAUCAAUCUGUGUCAACAUGUUUCCAUAUGAAGUAAAUAAUAUACAAGAUACUUGAUUAUCGUUAUGGCAUUAAUUUAUUUAGUUUAUAUAGUAAUUAAAUGUUCUGUAAAUUAGUAUAAAAGAUAAAAGCUUUUCCAUUAUUUUUCACAAGACUCUUUAAUAUUGUCAUUAGACUUAUCUUCAGAUAUCGAUUUAUUUUUGUUUGGUUCAUCUGGUUUCAUGGCUGGAAACAGUAAUACCUCCUGAAAAAAAUAUUUGGUACUAAGUGUAAUUUACAUUCUUUGUUUAAAUUAUACUAUAUAAAUAUUACCUUAA